CUCAAUUUUAGAGUCGUCCGCCUGAUCUUGACGAAAUGAAACAAGAAAGUGUUUGAAAAUAGAUGACUAAAUGAUUUAAUUUUAAGAGGUGACUUUAAUAGUUCGUCAAGAUGCAUAAACUGUUUGGUGGUGGUAAGGCAAAAGUUCAGACAGCUACUAAUUUACAGAUUCAGAAGACAAAGCAGAUCGAAAGUCUUCGUAAAGUAAGUGCCAUUGAAAUUUUACGAGAUGUAGAGUACAGAGUUGUAUGGAGGGUGGGAUCUGCAAACUUUACACUGAUCAUAGGGCUAACAUCCCAGUUUCCACAAGAGAAACCAGUUGUCAGUAUUUUUCCACCUGUUACACAUCCAUGGGUGGACCCACAGACAUUACGGGUUACUGGAUGUCCAGCGCUUAACAAUUUUUCCAUGCAUUCUGACUUGGGUCAAGUUAUACAGACUAUUUUAGAAGAGUUCAAGAAAAAUCCACCCACUAUCAUCUCUUCUUACCCAGUUCAGCAGGGGUCUGGAACAUCAUCUAGCUAUGGUGUGGGAGCCACACCAGGGUACCCACCACCCCCAUAUAUACAUCCAGGAAUAGACCUUUUUCCUUCUGGACCCCCACCUGUUCCUCCACGGCAUCCAACAGCAAGUGCUACAACUCCACAGUCUGACAGUGAUAAAGUUGUUCAAGAUUUGGAUGGCUUUCGAGACUUUGCUAUGCCAAAUAUAAUAAAGGCAUUUCCACAGCUAAAGGACAAAAAACUCUUUGAACUCCAGGAACUUAUGGAAAAUGAUGAACAGCUGCUAGAGAUGUUGCAAGGUCUUCCUGAGCUGAUUAAUUUUGCUGAGAAGCGUGAAGAACUUUCUGAAAGAUGUGUCCUCCUUGCUCGAACUAACUUGUCUGAUAAACCCAAAAUAGAGGAAAUUAAGAAUGAAAUCAUUGAGAAGAUGGCAGAGCUAGAUGGGAUGAAGCAGGCAUUUGAAGCUAGUUGUGAACAGCACCUGGCAUUGUCAGAACAAUUUCGACCCUCCAACAUCCAAACUAACCUCAAGGUUGCCAUUCUGCAAGCAGAGGAAGAAUCUGAAAAUAUAGUUGAUGAUUUUCUCAACAGAAAGAUGGAUGUUGAAGAUUUCACCCAGAAGUUUAUAGAGAAAAGAAAACUAUGCCAUAUCAGGAAAGCAAAGGAAGAAAAGCUCUCUCAUAUUAUUUUGUCACAAGGGGACCUGUUUUGACAACCAUUGGCAUCCUUUGGGAAUUUAAAUUAUUGCUUCUUUUUGAAGUGCUUUGGUGGGCAAAGAACUGAAUUUCAGAAAUUCCAGCUGCAGAGUAAAUGUUGACUGCAUUUAUGAAUAUGUGUGUUUUGUUGGACACAGAAGUGAGCAUAUGAAACUCUGAGCACAGAGGAAAUGUUGUAGAUAUGUAUAGGAAUAUAAGAAGCUGUGUAUGUGCAGUAAGGAUAUAUUGUAGCUUAUGUAAGUUCAUGUGUCCAGUGCAUAUGUUAAGUGAAUGCUGUGUCAGUUGAUUAUCAUGAAAUUUCAAACAGUUUUUAAAAAAGAACAAAUAUGCAAUUUAUUUGGUGAGAUGAAUAUAUAUAGGUGUACAAUUACAUACAUGAUUAAAAAUGUACACCUACUUCUCCAAAGCAUUUUCUUUAUAGGAACUUUUUUGCAUGCAGUUUCUGGCUACCAGCAAUUGAUUUCUUGUAGAAAGACCUUACGGAAUAGAAAACAGCAUUUAUGGGCUAUGAGUAAGGUCUCAUAUCCUUGAUGCAUUCAUCAUAUAACUUUUGGUCACUUAAAAAUCACAUCAUAUUACAUUAUUUUGAGUCAUAUGCUGCAGUAGUGUGCAGUCAUGCAACCUUUGCACAUGAUGUUAUGAAGUGCAUAUUUUAUGAACUAUAGGAACUAUCUUUGCUAAAUACCAGGAUGCUUACAAAUGGCAGAUGUUAAGCAUGACUGUGACAACUGUAAGACCAGUAGUGACUGUUGAGUGUUGGUUAGUGAUAAAUACAUGUUUUAGCACUGUACAUUAUGCCACAUUUUCUUUGUUGGAAUGAUAGUUGAAGCUUGCAUGAAUUCCAGUGGCAUAUGAAAUUUAUCACAUAAAGUGUGCAAGUGAAAUGCUAAUGUUGCUUGAGAUUGGUUUUGUUCUUUCUGACUUUUUUAGUGUCUAUUCUUUUCUUUUUUGUUGAAGCAGCAGAGUAGAUUUUUGUUGGGUUGUUUACCACAGGAUUUUUGCUUUACUGUUUUAAUUUUUGAAUGACAGCUUUAUAUAUUUAUUUUUUUAAACCAGUGAUCACAAGUGAUCACUAGCUGAAAUCCUGUUUCAGAUCUCUUAUCUUUUUCACAGUUGUAGCCAAAAGUUGACUCUUUGAGCAAGUUAAAAAGGAAUGACAGAUGAUUUAUUCUGUAUAUGAGAAAAAUGUGUAUUUAAAGAUAUGUAUAUAAGAAUUCUGUGUAAAAUUGUGAAAAAAAUAGGUUGUUUCUCUGUAUGUGUGACAAUGUUUACACUAUGAAAUGUGUUAAUUUGUGCAUGCAUAUUGGCUACAUUAUGUGUGUGCAUGCAUGUCUGUGUGCUAAAAUGAUGUGAAUUGUAAAAGGAUUUUCAUCUUUUCAUACACAUGAAGCUCAAAUUGUAAACUGUACCAAUGUCCUUUCUUUAUUGGUUUGCAUUCUGCUGUGGAUUUUAUUUUGCAUUUGACUGUCUUGAUUUAAAUUAGUCUCUUGCAUUGGUUGUAAUCUUCCUUUUUUUGUGCCACAAUUUAUUUUAGAGAAUCCCUCAAAGACAGUGUGUUGACAAACAUAGAGGCUUUAAUAUUAACGGUUAUUUUUGUGUAAUGGUCUAGUCUCAAAGUGUCAGAAAUCCGCCUGUCUAAAUUUUGGAUAAAAUGAUUGGCUUUUUCUGGUAAUUAGGCAUUUUGUUGGGGUUUUGUUUUUCUUUUUUGGUAAGAAGUUUUUUUGUUUUUUCGUUUUUUGUAGGGGGAAAGAGUUGAAGAGGGUAAGAUUUAACCUUACAGGUAGAAGUGAAAGAGGAAGUUAGGAUCUUCACCAGCAUCAGCAAAAAAUUUUUGUUUUAGGCUGGCUUGUUACCAAGAAAAGAUAGUAUGUCUGAGAUGGAGAGAGAUGUUAGUGAGGAGCUUAUUUUAUUUUGGUUUUCUAUUGGGUUGAUCUUCAUAGGUACUUCGUAGACACCUGUAAUAAUGACUGGGCUUAUUUUGUGUAACCUCAUUUUAAAAGCUAGUAGGAUGCAAUAAUGAGUGAUCUGUUAUAGGACAUAGAGAUGGCUCACGUAGUGAGAAUGCUUAAGAAUCCCCCAACAUAUCUUGUUCUUUGAUACACUUUCUGGUUGUGAAUCUGUUGCUCUUUGGUUGAAAUAAAGCCAUGGUCUUGAUUCUAGCCUAACAUUUAUGGUUGGCUUCUGGUUGUGAAUUUGCUGCCCCUUAUAGGUUGAGUCUUGGGUCUUGUUUCUAGUAAAGCAUUUUUAGAUUUGACAGUGAUGAAUAAGUAGCAUCCAUAGAGCUGUCCAGAUCAAGAGCUUUUGACAUAAAUAAGUAAAACUGAUAUGUAUGUAUCAGUGCUGACAUUGCUUCAUGAGUAGAGACAAUCAACAAAUAUAACGAUGCAAAUAAUGAUAAUGUGAUUGGAUCCAGUAUUGUAGCAUGGUAUAAUUUCUUGUUUCAACUUGUAGAUUAUUCUUUUACAAAAUUAAUUAUCUUAUUCGUUUUUGGACUUGGGUAAAAAGCUCACUGGGUACAGGGUACCUGACAAACGUAUUAUGUUGCAUGGAUUUUAAAUGUUAAAGAAUGUUUAUAUUUUCUAUUUUGCAAAUGACCUCAGAUGAGCUUUGCUCAGGAUUUCCCUCAGCAGAUGCAAUACCAAUCCCAAAAUAUUGAGUUUUAUUUUUGUUUUCAUUUGUUUUUUAUCAAUACUUUCUGAACAUGCAUGAAUGUUUUAUACAUUGCUAAAAUUUUGCAUCCUAACAGCUUUCAUAAUAUGAAAAUGAGAGAAUCAAUUUUGUUUAAGCAUCAUGGUUUAGAAUAGUCGAUACAAUAUUAUAAUCAGAUAUUUCAGUACACACUUUACCGUGUGCUUUUGAAAUAGUUUUCUUAAAAGAUCUGCAAACAUUUAAGAGUUGGAACAGUUCUUACUAGCAGUGGGGUGGAUGUUAUUUCAGGUCUAGAUGAUGAAAACUAUCUUAACCUAAUCAGCGGAGGCAGUGAUAGAUAUUAUGCUUAUUAAAACUUUUUUACUUUUGCAUGUUGAAGACAUGUAAGGCACCAUGAUGACUACUCUCAUCAAUGAUGAAGGUAGUUACCAUAAAAAAUAAUGCAAGCUCCCAAGUUAAAAUAUAGCUUUCUUCCACAGUUACCUCCAAUAAAUCCUUUUAACAUUUUUAAUUAAUUGAUGUAUUAAAUAAUUAUGGAUAACUGGUAGUGAAUCAAAAUUUAAAAAAUCAGACUAGUUAUAAGAGUUGGCUAGAAUCAUACAUCCAUAGACCACUGUGCAACCAAAAAAAAAUCCAGAUUUGGUUGAUGACUGUUUCCUUACUGCACAGUUGGUAGUACAUUCUUUUCUUAUAAAUUUCCAACACAGAAACAUUAGUUCUUUACUUUACAUAUUUUUAAGAUGGGAAGAAUUUAUUGCAAAGGUUUUAGGAAUAUAGUUGGUGGAAGGGCUUCUUAUAAUUUUUACUUGUGGGCAGAUGCCAUUUCUUAAGGCAGAUGAUCAUUUUUAUUUGCAGUGCUAGCAGGCAACCCAUAGGCUAAGCUUUUUUUCUUGAAAAUUAAUUCACUUAAUUUUAAUAUUGACUUGAAUCUCCACAUAAUAGCUUGAAUUAGAUUGUUUUGUUCUGUUGUAAUUGUAUUUUACUUUUCUUUUUGUACUUGCUUCAGUAAGUGCAGAAAAGACAGUUUUGUGUUUUGGGUCACCAUACAAGUGAGGGUGACAAGCUAGAUCUCAGUGUUACUGUUAUUAGAACUUUUGAAUUACAAUGUUAAUCUUAAUUAUAAUAAUUGUCAGAGAAAUUAAAAAAAACUUUCAUUGAAAUCCCCGAAAACCAGCUGCUCAAACCUGUAUUUAUCUGUAUUUUUUCCUGAUUUUCGUUUCCUACUGUGUACAUUUGUAUCAGGCAAGCAAGCAAAUGUCUAAUGCUAUGUGGAGUUCAUGGGAAAAAUUGUUGUCCUUAAUUGUCUAAGUAAAUGAUUUUUGUUUAAAAAAAUAUAUAUAUAUAUGAAAGGAAAUUACAAUAUUUGAAAAACUCAUUUCUGCAGAAAGAAGAUUAUAUAUGUAGGCACAGACUGAAAAAACGGGAAAGUCAGAGUGUUAAAAUACAUCAUUGUUAAUCUACCAUCAUUUAUAUGCAGUUAGACACAUUAUUACAUUCAGGUUAUAAUUGCAUGGCUGCUCUCUUUCUCAUUUUUUUUAAAGAGUUUAAUUUACUGUUUAUUAUUAUAUUACGUAAUGACGCAUGUCAUCGAAAAUUGUUUUAUAAGGAGGAAGAGAUGUGCCAUAGCAUGAUAGCUUAAUUUUUAUAGUGUGUACAUCCAGAUUUAUGAUAGAAUUACCGGCAUAAAUUAGUUCCAAUGUUCUGGGUGAAAGCUUCAGAUGAAGAAUAAAUAAAAAGUUGGUGCUUGCUAACUUGCUCACCUAGUCAAUGUCUCCCUGCAAGGUAGACAUUUGUUUUAUAGUUAACAUAAAAGAUUAUUUUAGCAUGCUAAAUGCUUAAGUUCCUGACGAUCAGAUGAAUUUGUGAUAACUUUCUUUCAUUCCUAAUAUGUGCAAGAUUUUGGUGCAUAAUUCAGACAUUAAAUUGGUUGAGAUA